AUACAGACUGCUUCUACAAAUAUUUGUUAAAGACUGUGCAAUAAGUUCAUCUGUGAAAUUUCCUUGCAAUUAAAUAUUCCACGGUCAACUGGUAGUGGUAUUAUAACAAAGUGGAAGCAACUGGGAACAACAGCAACUCAGACAUGAAGUGGUAAGCCACGUAAAAUGACAGAGUGGGGUCAGCGCAUGCUGAAGAGCACAGUGCGCAGAAGUUGCCAACUGUCUGCAGAGUCAAUAGCUAAAGACUUCCAAACUUCAUGUGGUCUUCAGAUUAGUACAACAGCAGUGUGUAGAGAGCUUCAUGGAAUGGGUUUCCAUAGCUGAGCAGUUGCAUCCAAG